ACGGGGCCUUUUCACUCUGCCAGCAAUGUUCUCCCUGAAUUCAUGUAGAAGAGAUUCAAGAGAUUUGUUGAAGGAAUUUCCCCAGCCUAAAAAUUUACUCAACAGUGUGAUUGGAAGAGCCCUGGGCAUCUCCCAUGCACGGGACAAACUGGUGUACAUUCAUACCAAUGGGCCUCGGAAAAAGAAAGUCACACUGCUGAUCAAGUGGCCAAAGACGGUGGAGGUGGAAGGCUAUGGGACCAAGAAGAUUGAUGCCGAGCGACAAGCUGCGGCCGCUGCCUGCCAGCUUUUCAAGGGCUGGGGUUUGCUGGGGCCCAGGAACGAACUCUUCGAUGCCGCCAAGUACCGCAUCCUUGCCGAGCAGCUGGGCUGCCCUGAUGAGAGGUGGUACUCAGAGGGGCGGUGGCGCUCCAAGUCCGGACCUUCCCUGGCGGACAUUUCGACCUGCUGGAGGCGGGUGGAGCCCGACGAGCCCAUCCAACCCCUGGAGCACAGCCGAUUCAUGAAGCCCGCCCGGAAGGAGGAGCUGGAGGAGGGGGAGCUGGAGGAAGGAGAGCUGGAGGAGGGGGAGCUGGAAGACGACGCCAUCGAUGUUUCCAACUACCUGUCCAUGACGCAUCCUGAGGCCCGCACACCCUCCAGAGACAUCAGGGACGGCUUCUCCCUGGAAAUGACGGAUGACAGCACAGCCAUGCGGGCACUGACCCAGUUUCCGCUCCCCAAAAACCUUCUCGCCCAGGUGAUCCAGAUCGCCACGUCUUCAUCCACAGUCAAGGAGUACAUGCAGUUCCGCACGGUGGGCACCAAGACCAAGAUCUGCAAGCUGACCUUGCGCUGGCCGUGCCCCCUGACCUUUGCCGCGAAGGGCCGCCGCAAGGUGGAGGCGGAGAACAAAGCGGCUGCUUUGGCCUGCCAGAAACUGAAGAGCCUCGGCUUGGUAGACAAGAACAACAACCCCCUGAGCCACGCCAUGUACAACAUGACCUCCCUCCGGGAGCUGGGAGAAAACCAGAGGAAGCCCUGCCACAUCAAAGUCCCCGAGGCCACACUGCACAAGAUCGAGAACUACCUGAAUCACUACCCCGUAGACAGCCGGGACUCCAGACCCCGGCUUGCCGACGACAUGAUGAACCUGAGCAAGGAGACGGGCAGCCUGAGCGACGCCAUCACGGGCAAGUCCUACACUCCCAUGCUGGAGUCGGAGGAGGUGCGCCUCAGCCAGAAUCUCCUCUCCCUGUGGAAGCGGAGGGGCUCCGGGUGGCAGGAGAGCCACUCCCUGCCCGUGGAUUCCCACCGGGAGACGAUCCUCUCCGCCGUGGAGCAGAACCCGGUGGUGGUGAUAGCCGGGGACACGGGGUGCGGGAAGACCACCCGCAUCCCCCAGCUGAUCCUGGAGCACGCCGUCCUGGAAGGGCGCGGGGCCCAGUGCAACAUGGUCAUCACGCAGCCCCGGCGGAUCAGCGCCAUCUCCGUGGCUCAGCGCGUGGCCCAGGAGCUGGGGCCGAACCUGCGGAAGAACGUGGGCUACCAGGUGCGGCUGGAGAGCAAGCCGCCGGUGCGGGGGGGAGCCCUGCUCUUCUGCACCGUGGGGAUCCUCCUGCGGAAGCUGCAAGGCAACCCCCGCCUGGAGGGCGUCAGCCACGUCAUCGUGGACGAGGUGCACGAGCGCGACGUCAACACCGACUUCCUCCUCAUCCUGCUGAAGGGCGUCCAGAAGCAGAACCCGGGCCUCCGCCUGGUGCUGAUGAGCGCCACGGGGGACAACCAGCGCUUCUCCCAGUACUUUGGGGACUGCCCCGUGGUCAAGGUGCCGGGCUUCAUGUACCCCGUCAAGGAGUACUACCUGGAGGAGAUCCUGGCCAUGCUGGGGCGCCACCGUCAUCGCCACUACGACAUCAAGCAGUCGGAUGAGGAGUGCGUCCUCGACCUGGAGCUGAUCACAGACCUGGUGAUUCAGAUUGAUGCCCACGGAGACCCAGGUGGGAUCCUCUGCUUCUUGCCCGGCUGGCAGAUCUCUCUCUUGCUCAUUCAUUCCAACAUCCCCAUGAUGGACCAGCAGAGCAUCUUCCCGCGGCCCCCUCCCGGCGUGCGGAAGAUCGUCCUGGCAACCAACAUCGCCGAGACCUCCAUCACGAUCAACGACAUCGUGCACGUGGUGGACAGCGGGACCCACAAGGAGGAGCGCUACGACCUCAAGACCAAGGUGUCGUGCCUGGAGACCGUGUGGGUGUCGAAGUCCAACGUGAUCCAGAGGCGGGGGCGUGCCGGCCGCUGCCAGUCGGGCUUUGCCUACCACCUCUUCCCUCGCAGCCGCCUGGACAGGAUGCCCACCUUCCAAGUGCCUGAAAUCCUCCGCACCCCUCUGGAGAACCUGGUCGUGCAGGCCAAGCUCCAUCUGCCGGAGAAGACGGCUGUUGAAUUCCUCUCCAAAGCCUUGGAUAGUCCAGACAUCAAAGCUGUGGAUGAAGCCGUGAUCCUUUUGCAGGAGAUUGGUGUGCUGGACCACCGGGAGGGCCUGACCACGCUGGGCAAGCGCCUGGCUCAGAUCUCCACCGACCCACGCCUGGCCAAGGCCAUCGUGCUGGCCUCCAUCUACCGCUGCAUCCACCCACUCCUGGUCAUCGUCUCCUGCCUCACACGGGACCCUUUCAGCAGCAGCAUGCAGAACCGCACGGAGGUGGACAAGGCCAAAGCCGUCCUGAGCCAGGAGAGCGGCAGCGACCACCUGGCGUUUGUCCGGGCCGUGGCGGGCUGGGAGGAAGUUCUGCGCCGCAGGGACAGCCGGGCGCGUGACAACUACUUGCAGGACUACCUGCUGUACGCGCCCAGCCUGCGCUUCAUCAACGGUCUCGUCAAGCAGUUCUCAGAAAAUCUCUACGAGGCUUACCUGGUGCCGACCCCCUCGGACUGCCUCCUGCCCUCGUCCGCGUGCAACCAGUACAGCGAGGAAGAGGAGCUGGUGAAGGGCGUUCUCAUGGCUGGGCUGUACCCCAACCUCAUCCAG